AUGGCACAUUACGCUGAUACAAGCGUGAAUUCGCUGGAGGGUGAUACAUUCCAGCUGUAUGACCUGCGCAUCGAAGUCGUAUGUCCUCCAGGGGAGCGCAUCAUGUGCGGAGCCAAGGAAGGGGACUACUUCACGCUCGAGGGCGAGAUGCUCUAUCUCCCGCCGGGCCAAGGCAUCUCCAUAUAUUCCCUAGGCGCGGUGCUCCCGCUCCUGGCCGCAAAGCAGCGCAUGACAUCAAAGAACGACUGGAUGUCGACCGACGCAGACGUAGCAUGCCCCGACCCAAAUUGCCCGAGCCGGCUGCGCAUCGUGCGCACCGGCGUACGCACUUUCAAACACGGAGACACGACUGUCGUGCCCCUCCACCCCAAAGGACCAGCCAAGGAGUAG